AUGGAGCAUCCAACAACAACUCAUUUCAAGGCAGCCAAGAGGAUCCUACGCUAUAUCAAAGGCACAAUCAACUUUGGCUUGUAUUACUCUAUUUCUGACGAUUACAAGCUUGUUGGAUAUAGCGAUAGCGAUUGGGGUGGAGAUGUAGAUGACCGGAAAAGCACAAGUGGCUUCGUGUUUUUCAUUGGAGAAACCGCUUUCACAUGGAUGUCAAAGAAGCAACCAAUAGUCACCCUUUCUACUUGUGAAGCGGAGUAUGUGGCAGCUACUUCAUGUGUUUGCCAUGCCAUUUGGUUACGAAACUUGCUAAAGGAGUUGAACCUACCACAAGAGGAGCCAACAAAGAUCUUUGUGGAUAACAGGUCGGCAAUAGCAUUGGCGAAGAAUCCAGUCUUCCAUGAUCGGAGUAAGCACAUUGAUACUCGUUAUCACUACAUAAGAGAAUGUGUUACCAAGAUGGAUGUGCAAUUGGAGUAUGUGAAGACAAAUGAUCAAGUAGCUGAUAUCUUCACCAAGCCACUCAAGCGAGAAGACUUCAUCAAGAUGGGAAGUUUUUCAUUCCAACACACCCAUCUUCUAAACAUCACCGGACCUUUCCCCGAGUUCCUUUUCCGACUACCAAAGCUUAGGUACGUUACCAUCAGGGAUAACCAUCUCUCCGGCCCCCUUCCGGUUAAUAUCGGUUCGCUAAGCGAGUUGGUAGAGCUCGAUCUCGAGGGAAACCGGUUAACCGGUCCAAUUCCGAGUUCAAUAUCCAAUUUGACUCGGUUAACUUGGCUCAAUCUCGGCGGGAACGGUCUCUCUGGAACCAUACCAGAUGUUUUCAAAUCCAUGAAGGAGCUGAGACUUAUCGAUCUCUCACGUAAUGGAUUAUACGGGAAACUUCCUCCGUCCAUGGGAUCACUCGCACAGACUCUCACAUCCCUCUAUCUGAGCCAGAACAAUCUCUCAGGUACAAUCCCUGAUUAUUUUUCGGAAUUCAAGGCGCUUGCCACGUUCGAUCUCUCGAGGAAUCGGUUUACUGGAGUCGUGCCGAUGAGUUUCGCCAAGCUGAAAAGUCUUUUCCAUCUCAAACUCUCCCACAAUCUUCUAACGGGUCCGCUCCCUGACUUGAAUCCACUCAACGGUAUUGCCUCUCUGGAUCUAUCGUACAACAAAUUUCACCUGAAAACGAUUCCGCAAUGGGUGACUUCGUCACCGUCCAUGUAUGACUUGAAGCUGGUUAAAUGCGGUAUCAAGAUGAACAUUGAAGAGUGGGAGCCAGUGAGAACCGGAUUAUUUUAUAUCGUCGAUCUUUCUAAAAACGACAUCUCGGGGAGUCCAGCGAGGUUCCUGAACCAGGCGGGUGUUCUGCAGGAGUUCCAAGCAUCGGGAAACAAGCUUCGGUUCGACUUGGGGAAGCUAAAUUUCACCAAGUCGCUGAGGAUCUUGGAUUUGUCGAGAAAUUUGGUAUAUGGGAAGGUGCCAGCGUCCGUGGCUGGACUGAGGAAACUAAGCUUGAGUCAAAACAAUCUUUGUGGAAAGCUUCCGGUUACUAAGUUUCCAGCCAGCGUGUUCGCCGGCAACGACUGUCUCUGCGGCUCUCCACUUCCUCCUUGUAAAACUUAG